GACUUACAAUGAUCAUGGAUAGUGUGAUAGACUGCUACUCAUCGCCGCCGACGGUGAUACGGCCCCUGCGCGACGGUCACGACUGGGCCGAAGCACGCACCGCGCGAUCCCGGUCGCGCUGAUACCCCCCUUCCCCCUACACAACUGUGUCGCGCCUCUCCUUGCGGUCACCCACUCAGGGUAGGCACGGAUCGCCCUCAGGGUAGACGAUCCAGAGCUUCCUCGUCGAGAUGACCUCGGAACCCCCCAAGACGCCGCCCCCCGCGGAGCAGCAGCAGCCUGCGUAUCCGAUGGCUUACCCCGCGACGUACCCACCAGCAUUUGCGACCCCCAUCACCGCAUUCCCGCCCUCCUUCUACACCGCGCCGUCUCCUGAGGGCGGCGCCAUCGCUAUCGACGCGAACGGCAUUCUGCCCGGGCUGCCCCCUGGCACGCAGAUCAUGAUGUUGCCGCCACUACCCCCUGGUAUGGUCUAUGCCAUUCCGCCCCCACCUCCUGGACAAGCCCCCUUCGUGCCUCCUGCGAUCACCGCACCACCCCCGGGCGCCCCCAUCCAACUCACCGCGCAGCAGCAAGCCCGUCUGAAGCGCAAGCAGGUCAAGAACGCGUGCACGAACUGCGCGAACGCAUGUAAACGCUGCGACGAGGCGCGCCCCUGCGAGCGCUGCGUCAAGUACGGCCUCGGCGAGUCGUGCGUCGAUGGGCAGCGCAAGGAGCGCAAGAAGGGCAUCAAGCGCGGCCCGUACAAGCGCAGGAAUAAGGAUCAGGACCAGCAGCAGCAGCCAUUUACGGAGUUUGCGCCGCAAGCGGAGGCGGGCGCGAGUGGGAGCGAGUGGCAGGGGCAGCAGCAGGCGCAG